GGCAGGACAUUCCUCUCAUACUGCAGCCCAGGCAGGGUGAGCUUCCUGCCACUUCUCCUGUACCGCUUCUUUUUUAAUACGGUUAAACAUGAAAGUUACGGGGAAGGACGAAGACUUUGUGGCCGCUAACAAGGUCCUUUUCCCGGAGCAAGGAAUAAAACUCACCGCGAGAGCCUCCAUUGACCGGCGGCAGCGAGUGUUGUUGUAGAGGCAGAUUUUGUGCAGCCAGAGGAGCCGCUUCACUCUCGCAGGAAAGGGGAAAAAUAACACACAGAGGGAUGUUUCGCUGAGUUGAAGGACCGGGAAAGUAAACGGAAGAAGCUCCAUACAAAGAGUGUUUGGCUCCUGCUGACACCAACCAGUGCCUUUACACCUUGGAGUGCCUUGAGGACCUGCUGAGCCUGCAGGGAGGCCAGAUUCUGGAGUUGAGCCACCUGCCACCACCAGGCUACAACUGCCUAAAACUGGCCCACCUCCACCCACAACAACAUCAUCCUCCUCAUCUUCCUGCUUACCCUCACCAAGUCCCACCCUGGCCUGCCGGUGGGCCGUCCACAGCAUCACAACAUGAGCAGCUGUUGCCACUGAAGCUGCUGGGGGAGCGCAGUGAGAGCAGCCAUACAGCUGUCUGUGCAGAGAGCGAGUCAAAGAGAGAAGAUUUUGGGGAUGAACUGCAGGAAAUGGCAGUUGAAAUGUUUCGGAAAAAAUCAUCUUCCAGCUUGAGAAUGAGAAGAAUAACAGAAAACGCUAGAUGGAGUAUUGACCGUGGGCGGAGCUUAUCCUUCCAUGAGGUGCGUAGCCAGCGUGAGGCAGAGAUGAGGGCAGCAGCUGAGGAGUCGUCCAACAGCAGCAACAGUGUAGGAGGUGGUGGCAGCACCGUCCUGCAGCGCCUCCUGCAGGAGCAGAUGAACCGGAAUUACGUGCUGCAACAACAGCAACAACAACAACAGCAACAACAAGGAGGAGGGGGACCAGGGGCAGGAGGUGGAGGAGGUUACUCAGGACAGGGACAGGUAGGCCCCUCUGAUGACCACUCCAUGACUCCCCACAUUGCCCGUCAGGAGCCCCAGGGACAGGAGCUGCAGACAGACAACGGCCUGGAGAAGCUGGGCUCCAGCAGAGUGGGAGGAGGGGGUGGGAGCAGUGGAGGGGGAGGAGGUUUAGGGACUGGAGGUGGAGGAGGAGGCAGCAGCGGAGGUGGUGGGAGCAGCCAAGGGCAGUGCCCGAACCCUGAGGACCUCCCUACAUACGAAGAAGCCAAAGUGCAGUCACAAUAUUUCCGUGGCCAUGGUCCUCCUCCUCAGCCUCAGCAGCAGAACAGUCAACCCCAGCAGCCUCCUCUACCCGCCUCGGUGGGCACCGCCUUCUACGUCACUGGUGUGACUAACGCCAAGGUGCGCACUGAGGGUCGCCCCACAGUGCAGCGAGUGAGCGGCACUGGGAGGGUGCACCAGGACGAUGGGCUGAAGGAUCUGAAACAAGGACACGUUCGGUCUCUCAGCGAACGACUCAUGCAACUCUCUCUGGCCACCAGUGGCGUGAAGGCCCACGCUCCUGUCACCAGCGCCCCCCUGUCCCCCCAGCUGCCCCCACCUGGGCCACCGGGCGACUACUACAAGCCGCAGCAUCGCGGCCCGCCUCCAGACUACCCCUUCAAAGGAAUGGGCUCGCCUACCAAGCAGCAGGAACCUGCAGGCCACUUCUACCAGGAGCAGAGAGGGAGGGAGCACUCACGGGAGGUGCUCCACGUCCGAUACCAGCCCCCACCUGAAUAUGGCUCCUUCAGGUCCAGUAAGGAGGGUUCAGCUCACUUCCAGAGGCCCCUUCAUCAGCACAGUCCCACCUCUUCCGUCACCUCUGUGGGCUCCUUGUCCCGCACCCAGUCUUCCACCCUAAGCAGCGUGCUCAGUGCUUCCCACUCCUCCCAUCCCUCCUUCCCUCACCAGCACCCCCAGAGCCAGGGAGAGCCCUACCCUGGCACAGGGCCCCGUAGUCCACAGGGUCCUGGCUCCCACCAAGCAGGCGAGCCCUUCCCAUUGGGGCCCAUGCACCCAACACCACAAAGAGGUUAUGGUUUCCCUCAUGACCCCUAUGGCUCCACCCCAAGGAUGCACCAGCAGCAGCAGCACCAUCAGUAUCAACAGCAACAACAGCAGCAACAGCAACAACAACAACAACAACAACAACAACAACAGCAGCAGCAGCAGCAGCAGCAGCAGCAGUUCCAGGGACCUCCCCAGCCCCAGCUGCCAGUCCAGGCAGGACAUUUGCCCCACCCGCACUCCUACUCCCACGUACAAGGGGAGUCCUUUGCUAUGAUGGCACGCGCCCACCAGAUGGUGGAUAUGCUGACGGAGGAGAAUAGGAUGCUGAGGCAAGAAAUGGAGGCCUGCCGCGAGAAGGUCACAAAGUUGCACAAGUUGGAAACAGAGAUCCAGCUGGUGUCAGAGGCUUAUGAAAACCUCGCCAAGUCCUCCUCCAAGAGGGAGGCCCUAGAGAAAACCAUGAGGAACAAGCUGGAGCUGGAGGUGCGCCGGCUGCACGACUUCAACAGGGACCUCCGAGAGCGCAUGGAGACGGCCAAUAAGCAGCUCGCUGCUAAAGAGUGUGAGGGAUCAGAAGACAACCGCAAAACCAUCUCCCAGCUGCUUACACAGAACAAAGAGACACUUCGUGAAAAGGAGAAGCUGGAGAUGGAGCUGAACGCACUGCGCUCCACCACAGAGGACCAGAGGAGACACAUCGAGAUCAGAGACCAGGCACUCAACAACGCCCAGGCUAAAGUGGUUAAGCUGGAGGAGGAGCUGAAGAAGAAGCAGGUGUACGUGGAGAAGGUGGAGAGGAUGCAGCAGGCCCUGGCUCAGCUCCAAGCGGCCUGUGAGAAGAGAGAACAACUCGAGCAUCGACUCCGUACCAGACUGGAGAGAGAGCUGGAGUCGCUACGUAUGCAGCAGCGUCAGGGAGGAACUCAGAACAGUGGGGCAGUCCCAUCAGAGUACAACGCCACAGCACUGAUGGAGCACCUGAGGGAGAAGGAGGAGCGGAUUCUGGCUCUGGAGGCUGACAUGACCAAAUGGGAGCAGAAGUACUUGGAGGAGAGCGUGAUGAGGCAGUUUGCCCUGGACGCCGCUGCCUCUGUCGCCACUCAGAGGGACACAUCUGCAGUAGUAAUAAGCCAUUCUCCCAGCAGCAGCUAUGACACGUCGGUAGAGGCUCGAAUCCAGAAGGAAGAAGAGGAGAUCCUCAUGGCCAAUCGGCGCUGUCUGGACAUGGAAAGCAGGAUAAAGAAUCUUCAUGCCCAAAUCAUAGAGAAAGAUGCUAUGAUCAAAGUGCUUCACCAGCGCUCCAGGAAAGAGCCCGUCAAGUCUGACGCACCGUCUGCCAUGAGGCCCUCCAAGUCCCUGAUGUCAAUCUCCAACACUGGCUCCAGUGGUUCAGGACUGCUCUCUCACAGCCUGGGCCUCAGCAGCUCGCCCAUCACCGAAGAACGCAAGGACACCAGCUGGAAAGGCAGCCUGGGGGUUCUGCUGGGUUCCGAGUUUCGCACAGAGUCUCUCAGGACAGAGUCGAUCUCAUCAUCCCCGUCACCAGUGCUUCCUUCCACCCCGAUGACUGCAGGCCACUCAAAGACAGGCAGCAGGGACAGCUGCACACAGACCGAGAAGGGCCAGAGUCAGGACACCAGCAAGCCCAGCACUCCAGCCCUGCAGAGCAUGACGCUGCCCGCUCGCCUGUCCAGCCCCAGCCCAGUCUACAUCCCCGACCGCAUAGCAGAUGUGCCAGUGUUUCACAGCAGCACCCUGGAGCGAAGGCUCCCCGUCCAGUCCCACCCACAGCAACAGCUCCCUCCCCCAGCCCCGCCCACCCAACAGGAAGUGGACAACGACAUGGUGGAGAUCCUCAUCUGACCCUGUGACCUCUGGAAAAAAAUAUCAUCUAAACAAAUGAUCAGAGGGGGGGCAGCUCCAUCAGAUAAACAGAGCGACAGACGUGUUAAUCACUCCAGCUCGUCCUCCAAACCUGCAGCUGCUGUCUGUGUGUCACCGAGCUGAGGGAGAGUAAUUAUACGCACAUCACGCUGGUGCAAGGCCGUCAGAAACAGCGUAAACGAAGAACAAGCAACGCCUGCAAACUUACUCUAUGCAGCAAAAAUUUAAUACACAACAUUUUGAUCCUGUUUGGAUCUUCGUCAGGUCAGAAUGUUUGAAAAGUAGAAACCAGACCCAUAUUUAUACAUACUGCACACCUGGGUGACAACCUCUCUGAUGGCAUCCAAACUGCCCGCACAAAGAAAAACAGUAAUAAAAAGCCAUACGUCAAUAUAUAUCAAACAUUUAUACAAUAAUAUCAAAUUCAUCAACCCAUUUAUCUACAUCGCAUUCAAAAAUAGAUUGUAAUAAGUGAGAGGCAAUGUACAGAAAUUAAACAUCCCUCUUAAAAAGUUAGAUCAAAUCCCAAUAAGGGAAAGAAGACACACCUGUUGUAUUUAUAUACAUUAAUUCUUGUUUGUCUGUUUGUUUUGUACAAUUAUAUGCGUGAGGGUCCAGAAAGAUAUACAUAUUUAUAUAUAGGGAGAGCCAUCAUGAUACAACCCCCAAUAUUCAUUUCGAGAAAAUGUUUGAUGUAGAUCUCUUGGUGUGGGGAGUGAAAUAUAUAAAAACAUUUCUUUUUGGAGCACGAGAGUGAUUAAAUCACCUUCUCUCUCUGAUCUGUGUUUGACUGACCCACACCAAUUAGACAUUUUCAUGCUCUCAUGUUUACAUGUGCAUUUAUUCAAACACUCCCAGCCUGACUGGACUUUUCCCAAAUGUCCUUCAUUCAUUCAUCCUUCAUCAUAGGAAAAACCAGACAUCAGAAGCAAAAAGCAGAAGAGCCCCGCCCCUUCUUGUCUCAUCUCAGCUUUUGCAGUUCUCCUAGAUGCAUGUGUUAAUAUGAAGUGGUGACUGGAACUUAAAAAUAGAAAAGUUCAUUGCCUCAAAUUUAUUUUACUGAUGCAACUUUGGAAGUUGUCUCAGGCACUUUCUCGUUCACAGAGAUGGAUUCAGCUUUGGGGACUGAUGCUUGAAGCUGAAGGGAAGUUUAUUGAUUGAGGUGUGAGACAGAACUUGUUUCUUUUUAAUUCAGUCUUUCAGUUGACAUUAAUGAUAGAAAAGUGAGCAAACCUGAAAGCCAAAAUCUCCCUUGAAUUAAAAUUCAGCAGAGAGAACAUACACAUCCAUACAUACACACAUGUAUUUUUGACUUUAAGGUGAAGGAUUUCUUUUUUCUUUUUUUGUCACUGUGUUAUGACUCACUGUGGUCAGUGACUCAGGCUUUUUGUUUAAAUGCACUAUUUUUUGACCUGGGGGGGGGGUUUAGUGGCGGCAUGAAACUGCAGCACCAACAGCAUUUCAGCACAUUUGGGAACAUUUGCAGAGCUUAGCAUGUGCAUUUUUCCUUUCCAACAUGCAAGCAUUAAUGAGGACCAGAACUGGCCUUGCUACAAGAGUUCAGCUGUGAGAGGAGCAGCUUGUUACUUUGACUCGUGAUACAGACAUGUUAUCUCUCCCGCAGUGUUGGUGGAGGCUGGUUGGACCAAAUGUAUUGGCUACCUUUUUGUUGCAUUUAUUGCACUACUUACUUUUUAAGUGUGUUUCUUAUAUUACUUUAAGAUAUCUGACAUUAGGUAUUGUAUUUAUGUGAAAUGUUUUUUUCUAAACUGUAGUUAGACAUGGCACUUGGGUAAUCAUAAAGUAUGUAAACUAUAAAACAAUCUUAACUAUUGACAUAGUGUAUGUAUGUACUGUAAUGGCCUGUGUGAGAGGAGAGCUGAGCCAUUCAGCUGUGUUACAUUUCCAGAGCUGUUGAGUUAUUGAGUUGGGAUGUUGCCUUUUUGAGAGCAGACUUGUUGUGGUGCAAAGCGACAGGCCUCUGAGUAGCCCUGUUUUGUACUGGUGCAAUCAUCACAUGGUGACUAGUACUGGGAUUUUGGACGUCUAGUGUUUGCAAAGUUUGUGGCAUUUUGACUUCAGGCAGAGUAAAACUGCAAAAUCCGAUGAGCUUUCCCUUUUUCGUCUCCCCCAUCCCAUUCCAGAUAGAUGUAAAAAAUAUGUUGUCAUUCCCUUCAACGGGGAUAAAAUGAUUUAAUUGCGUGGCUGUUCUAAACUUUCCAAACAUUAUCAGACCAAACAGAUCAAAUUCUGAUAGUGAAACGAGUCAUUUUGUGGGGAUUGUGAUGCUUAAAAAAUGUAUCCACUGAUUUACAGGCAUCUAUUUAGCCAUGUAAGUCUGGGAAAAAGUCUUUUUGUGCUGCAGGACUUCAUGAGUUCAAUGCAAUUACACUGAAAAUUGGCUACAAAGCCCAGCAUUCUUCCUGCGGACCUGAGUUAUCCCUAGAGACUGACCUCUGGUGGCGCAUGAUGUGCACUACAUACAUUACAUCAGUAAUACAGCAUCUCUGUAUGAGUUUCAUAGAGAGAGGAGCAUCUCUAUUUUAGACAAAAUCAUCCCGGAGGGAUUUCUAAACACCCAUGCCUAAUUGGCAGUAAAUAUAACGGCAACAUCUGCUUUAAAUGACAACUUCAGACAGAUAUGAACGGAUGAAAAAAAUUAAAAUAUGUUCAAUUUAGGUCACAGAAAAGGGUUCAACAAUUUCAGAAAGAUGAUCAGAUGAUCAAACUUUCUUCUUGAAGCCUCGGCCACCUGAAGUCAAAGUGCUACAUGGCUCGGUGAGAACACACAGUUCACAAGCUCUGUCUGAAACCUCCCUGGACCAGUACACCUGUGCAGGUUGCGCUAGACUACCAUUGGACCGUAUUCGUGUUUUGAAAGGCAUUCUUUUGAGUUUUAGAGACAUGGUGGCGACAUGCUGUACCAAUCUGGUGUUGGGCCUCAGAGACAAGAAGGGAGCGAGAGUCUGACAGUUUAUGUUAGCUGCCUGGACGACCCCACUGGUUGGGGUCACUCUCUGAUAGCAGAGGUCUUAAAGUCACUCAUUCAGCAUUUCAUCUCCCGUGCUUGAAGAUGGAAGGGCUUUAUCUUUUAGUAUGAUGCACAUCAUGUCAUUAGAUUGACAUACACACAUAUUUAAAAUUGCAGACAUUUGUAUCACCAUACCUACUAUCCAUCUGACUCGAUAUUAGAUCAAAACAAGCCAUAGAAAAUAUUGCAGGCCUCAUUUAGGUGACUUUAGGUUUGAUUGGAAGUUGUCCGUUUGGAUGUGAAAUUUAUGCAACAAUCGACUAAGUCUGCUCUUCCGCUGACCUGUUAAGUAUCAUUUUGGUGAGUUAAUAAGGCUAGCACAAUUUUGCAUUUCUAUGCAUAGUGAAGUGUUGGUAUCGACUGUGAAUGUCUCCCAUUAGAAUACAGAGGUAGCCUCUCAGAUCGACAUCUCUUGCUUUUGACCAAAGGUGACAGAAUAGAUUGCUACUCAUCCCUGUGAACAAUAUCAGUGUGUGAAUUUGAGAAAAGCUCAGUCUUAAAAAGACACCACAUAUUCAGGCUUAAAAUGAGCUGUAAUAAUCUUCAAGUGGGGUAAGGUUAUUGCCCAUAUUUUUAAUCUCUCCAAUCAUUUCAAGAUAUUGGCAUGUUCAGAAAUUUGAUUGUUUCAAUGGAGUGUGCAUGAGAGUGUUUAUGGUGGAGACAGGUGUUGCUGGUUCAACCUGUUGCAGCAAGACAAAAAAAACUUUACUUUUAAAUCAAGCCACAUGUCCAGAAUAACCCGAUUUUUUUUUGCAAAAAUCAAAUAUUUUUUUGACUUAUGUGUUUAAAUAUUACAUUUCCAGCAAGGUUAUUAAUAGAGUUAGAUUGAAGAUGUCCACUGCAAACCAAAAAUGUUGGACCAAAGACGCUAAGAACGGUCAGCUAACCAACGUUAUUGCAGAGAGUCUUUAGUUUUACGUCACUAAAGGACUGUGUUUCAUCAGAGGAACUAAAUAAGGAAUGCACUGAUAUUUUGUAACUACAUGUACCUGACAUUUUAUAGAGGAAUAAGGACUUCGACCACUUCUCAACUUCCAAAUGAAUGGUGUUAUUUUUCUCCACUACAGAAAUGUACAACCCUUAUGUGUGUGAAAUCAUUUGAAAAUCCAGUUGCUUUGCUUCCUGAUACAGAACAGGUAGCACUCUGUAUUCUGACUGAAACCUGAUUAUAGCUGCCGACAUAUUUUGGUACACUUUUCGUUUUCCUGUCAAAUCCCAUGUUAGUAUUGGUGGAUCCCUAAGGAGAGAGUUCCUGGUCAAUGUAAACAUGUCAUUCAUGGUUAUGUGAAAAAGCACAAUGCCAGUGUUAAUAAAUAUGUUCACUCAUUUUUUCCAUCACCAGCACAUUAUUAAGUGUCCUUAAUGCUGGUACUGUAAAUUAUCUAUCUGCCUGUUGUCGUGUGUUUUGGUGGGCUGAGCUGAAAUCUCAAAGACAAUGGACCCUGUGGGAACUUAAAGGCUAGAGAUAUACUUGCUUUUUAACCACGUUUGCGGAUAAAAACCAGCUGUGUCAUGAACGCAGUUGAUCACAUACUUGCCUGUGUACUACACGUGUUCCUGGAGGAUGCCACCAGAGAACUCAGACAGUAGAGAACUUUCAUAUUUGUAUGAUGUAAACAAUAAAUUGGCGACAAUGGCAACGGCCACUGACACGUUAUCAUGGAUCCCACUGCUUUUCUUGGCAAGUCCCUUCCUGUUAUGCUGUGAUUGGCAGUUGUCGAAAAGCAGUGGAAUCAACAGUUAGCGCCUAACGACACUUUAGGAGGUUACUUUAUUUAUAAUUCUGACAUCACAGCAGAAAAAGCGACAGCAUAGAUGGUAUGUAAGGCCCCUAAAUUAAGCACAUCGUGACAAUGGCAAGUUUCUCACACUGUGGGUAUUGCAUCUUACACUUUGUGUUACUUUCUGAGGACUUGCACAACCAGUGCUCCGAUUGGACGCAGGAUUCAUAAGGCAGCUGUAAUGUGCACGUGAAUGUGUAGUUAAAAGCAUGUUUAUCUUCAGCCUACGGCCUCAGGUGGGAUCGCUGCAGAUUUCUGUUGAUAGACUGACGCUAGUCACUGGUUUUUAAGUUGCAUUUGAAUGGAUCUCAUGAGCCCAGUAACAUAUUCAUAUUCCAUUUUAAGUAAAUAAAAAUACUCAAAUUUAGCUGCAAAAAGUAAUCAACAUUUCAGCUGCUGGCAUUCCCAGCCAUCAAACACACAUUUCACAGAAGGUUCUCAUGUGACUGAUAUUUCGAGGAGUAGCCUUUACUAAUCAGACCAGAACAUUUCAAGAUACAAAGAUGUUUUUUAGUUGGUUGCGGAAGAUGAAAUGCCAAAUAGCAAAAGUAUGAGCAGUUGGAAUCAGUUCUGUGUCAUUUUAUCCAACACAGUCUUGCAUAAAGUUGGGAAUUUAAGAUCUAUUCCUACAUGAAUCAUUUAAUAGUUUCUACAAGGCAUAGCAAACAUUCUUGUAGGUAAGGAAAUGUGUUAGUACUGGUACUUAAAUGAGCUGCUACAUGACAUUCAAUCAGGAGGUCCAUUUAUUGUGCAGUGUUGAUGAUGUCUCUUGUCAGAUUAGUUUUUUGAAACCACCUCAAAGUUUUAGACAGGUACUUUUUGUAGCUGACAGAUUCACGUCUACAUCAUCCCACCUGAGACUCCCCACAGACCUCGGUCCUGCCUCUGGCCUGCACCAAAGCCCCCCUCAGCCUUCAGUCCACCAUGCACACACAAACUGGAGUAACUGCUCUCUGUGUACGGAUAUACAACUUUGAAGCUGUUUCUCCACUC